AUAUAUUGUAAAAGGUAUAUGUAGAUACCAAACAAUAGUGAAUUAAGUUUUCGAUGAGCCUGGACCUUUAACAAAUGCCGAUGUUCUCAAGGAGUGUCAUUAAACGAAGAAAAAUGUAACUGCUAGUCUUUGGUUUCCCUCAUCCUCUGGACAUAUUGUAACUUGGUGGUUGAAAUGGGCAUGAAAAACCACGAGAUUGUUCCCGCACCACUGAUUGCAUCUAUUGCACACCUUCCAAGUGGUGGUUGCCACAAGAUACUGAGAGAGCUAUCCAAACAUAGACUCAUUGCAUAUGAACAGGGAGGAAAGCAAUUCAGCGGCUAUCGAUUAACAAACUCUGGUUACGACUACCUAUCCCUGAAGGCACUCACCAGUCGCGAUGUUGUUACUUCACUUGGAAACCAAAUUGGUGUUGGAAAAGAAUCGGAUGUGUACAUAACUGGAGGGCCUAACGAGGAGCAGUAUGCGAUCAAGUUUCACAGGUUGGGUCGAACUUCGUUUCGACAGCUGAAGAACAAGCGAGAUUAUCACAAACAUCGCCGCUUUACCUCCUGGUUGUAUUUAGCCAGACUGGCAGCCAUGAAGGAGUUUGCUUACAUGAAGGCUCUGUUUGAACGAGGGUUUCCAGUUCCAAAACCUGUUGACUUUAAUCGACAUGCUGUUGUCAUGGAGUUACUUAGCGCCCACCCAAUGUGUCAGGUGCACGAAGUAGCAGACCCAUCCGCGCUGUACAGCGAGUGCAUGGAUCUGAUUGUGCGACUCGGAAACUGCGGGGUGAUCCACGGGGAUUUCAAUGAGUUUAACUUGAUGCUGGACAGCAAGGAUCGGGUCACCAUGAUAGACUUCCCACAGAUGGUGUCCAUCAAUCAUCUUAAUGCUGAAUGGUAUUUUAACAGAGAUGUUGGGUGCAUGAGAAUCUUCUUCAACAGACGGUUCCACUACGAGAGUGAACUUUACCCGACCUUCAAAGACAUCACACGUGACGAUGACCUUGAUGUGGAAGUGUCGGCCAGUGGAUUCACUAAAGAAAUGGCCAAGUCUUUAGAGGAGGCUGUUCAUGAACUGAAUACCAACUCUGAUGAUGAUGUGGAAGACAAACCGAGUGAUGAUGCUAGUGAUAAAGACGAGGAUGAUGAUGCUCUGGAUGAUGAUGCUCCGGAUGAUGAUGCUCCGGAUGAUGCUAUGGAUGUUUCUAACAGUAUCCCCACAGAGAACCAGAGUUCAAGAGAUCGGGUUGGGAUGGAAAAUAAUUACUCCCCACAGACAGGAAAGCUUGGAACUGAAUGUUCAGCAGCUGCUACAGGUUUUGAAGACAUAAACCAAGAAAAUGUUAGUGAAAGACUGUCUCCUUCAGAACUGGAUGUAGCUGGUGAACAGACACUUAUUAAUGACCCCCCAGUCCCCACUGAAGACAUACACCGUAAUGACCUUGGAUCCCCUACUGAAAAGAUGCAUACCAAUGACCUCAGAUCCUCGUGUAAAGAAACACAAUACAAUGAUCUUGAAGCCAGUAGUGAACAGACUCACGACAGUAACCUCACAGACCAUAAUACAGAAAUGGAAAAACCACAAGACUGGGAUUCCCUCUCCAAUCAUGCAGACUUUGACAGUGAAGGCGAGUUCGAGGAUUUGAGCAACGUGAACCGAGCUUACAGACCGUUCAGGACGGAGGACAGUAUGGUUCACACGAACUAUCACCUGCGUCACGACAACCGAUCCGAGGGGGCCAGCAUUGCGAGCUCUACCAUGGACCCGGAACUGGUGAAGCGCAAGGUCAAGGGUCAGCUCAAAAAACAGCAGAUGGCUCAGAAAGCAAGGAGAAUACGGAAAAGUGGCGAGGCUUCCGUCAUGACCAAGUUACGGAGAGAAAACCAGAGCGAUAUUAAAGACAGCUUGUCGUCAAUAUGGUUCUGAUGAAGUAAAAUACAACAAAUGUGGUUAUUUAUGCUGUUUGCUCAUUUGAUUCUUGACAUCAUGCUUCAUUACAAGAAUCAAAUGAGCAAACAGCAUAGAUAAUUAAAUCUUGUUACAGCAUGUUUCUACUGUUAAUGUUUACCGUAAUGGGUAAUAGGACGUUUCAAAAACCAAUGUUUGCAAGAUGCAAAAAUAUGUGCAUUUUAGUGUAUAGUAAUAAAUAUACAUACAUAUAA